ACCUUUUCCAGCGCAAACUCGACGGUGCGCAUGCUCAGUGACUGCCCGAGCCUGCGGGCCUGGGUAACUGGGACCUCAGUGGCAGGGUCGGGGUACUCUGGUGACCUCUCUUUUUCUCUCUUUCCUUAAGCCCUGCGGCCUGAGUGUGGGCCGAGAUUUCAGCGUUGCGGGGGCGGGAGCCAACACCUCUUCUCGCGCUGCAGAGAGGCGUCGUCCCUGCGGACCAGGGCCCAGGACUCGCCCCAUGGCGGGGCCGCGGGUGGAGGUGGACGGCGGGAUCCUGGAGGGGGGCGGCCAGAUCCUCAGGGUCUCCACGGCCCUGAGCUGUCUCCUGGGCCUCCCCUUGCGGGUGCAGAAGAUCCGCGCGGGCCGCACCACUCCGGGUCUGAGGCCUCAACAUUUAUCUGGACUGGAAAUGAUUCGAGAUUUGUGUGAUGGGCAACUGGAGGGGGCAGAAAUUGGCUCAACAGAAAUAACCUUUACACCAGAGAAGAUCAAAGGUGGAGUCCACACAGCAGAUACCAAGACAGCAGGGAGUGUAUGCCUCUUGAUGCAGGUUUCAAUGCCUUGUGUUCUCUUCGCUGCUGCUCCGUCAGAGCUUCAUUUGAAAGGUGGAACUAAUGCUGAAAUGGCACCACAGAUCGACUAUACGGUGAUGGUCUUCAAGCCAAUCGUUGAAAAAUUUGGUUUCAAAUUUAAUUGUGACAUUAAAAUGAGGGGCUAUUACCCAAAAGGAGGUGGUGAAGUGAUCAUUCGAAUGUCACCAGUUAAACAGUUGAACCCAAUAAAUUUAACUGAUCGUGGCUCUGUGACUAAAAUAUAUGGAAGAGCUUUUGUUGCUGGUGUUUUGCCAUUUAAAGUAGCAAAAGAUAUGGCAGUGGCUGCUGUACGAUGCAUCAGAAAGGAGAUCAGAGACCUAUAUGUGAACAUUCAGCCUGUUCAGGAACCCAAGGACCAAGCAUUUGGCAAUGGAAAUGGAAUAAUCAUUAUUGCUGAGACAUCUACUGGCUGCUUGUUUGCUGGAUCAUCGCUUGGUAAACGAGGUGUCAAUGCAGACAAGGUCGCCAUUGAAGCUGCUGAAAUGCUAUUAGCCAAUCUUAGACAUGGUGGUACUGUGGACGAGUAUCUGCAAGACCAGCUGAUUGUUUUCAUGGCAUUAGCCAAUGGAGUUUCCAGAAUAAAAACAGGACCAGUUACACUCCAUACACAAACAGCUAUUCAUUUUGCUGAGCAACUAGCAAAGGCUAAAUUCACUGUGAAGAAAUCAGAAGAUGAAGAAGAUGCUUCUAAAGACACUUACAUUAUUGAGUGCCAAGGAAUUGGGAUGACAAAUCCAAAUAUAUAGGAUCAACUGUUGUAGUACAGCAGUGGUGGAUUCAAACUACUCAUAUUUUACUUAAUAAUGGCCCCAAGUGUGCAUGAGUAGUGGUGCUGGCAACUCAGAUAUGUCAAAGAAGCUGUGAAGAGAUACCUUUAAGUAUCUCACGUCACUACAAGAAGGGUGAGUAGCUGCAGUAAGAUUCCUAGUCCGCAUUCACACAUUAUAUAGUUGCACAUUGCAUAACAGCAGGGAUACAUUUUAGAAAAUCUAUCACUGGGCUCUUUCAUUGUUGUACAAAUACCAUGGAGCUUCCUUCACAAAUGUCGAUGGUAUGAGCUAAUCAUUUGCCAGCCUCUUGAUGUAAUAAAGAGCACAAACACAAGGUAUAUGAGACGCCUGCUGUCAUAACACAGCAUACUGUUUUGCAGUAAAUCUUUUAUAAGUAGGAUAAUACUCUAAUGAUAAAAGUAUACUGUAAUAAAUAUAU